AUGAGUUGGAAUAUGGGGAACGAGGCCGCGCAGAGCAGCCAGCUCGCGAUUAGCUUGACUCUGAGCACCCGCCUUUGCUGUCGACGUCGCGGGCGGCGUUCCGGACAUCGCCCAGAACAGACCCUUGCAUUCCUUGUUGGGGCGUCGCUGGCCCUCAAGCUGUUUGAACGCCUUGCGAUCCAUAGCUGGAACGAGACAGCGCCGCAGCGCACAGACGCUGAUGUGGUAUCUAAACGCCGGUACACCGCAUUGACAGAAGCAGCCAACAUCUUUGCGUUCGAGGCAGACGCGGAACGGGAAAGCGCUUUCUCACGCAAGGGUGACACUCAGAAAAAUCAUCAUGUUCAUGUGGUCACUGACGAGCUGUUUCCAGUCAUGCAGUUGAAGGAGCGAGACCGUUCCACUGCACCGGGGCCUUGGCUGAAUGUGACACUAGAAAAGCGCUCGAUCGACCGAGCGUAUGUACUCAAAGACCUCUACCGCGAUGCGAGCAAUCCAAGCGAGGUCGUCGAGCUGGAAUGGAAGCUCGCGGAGAUAGAGCAGCACGCGACGCGCAUUUUCGAGGACAUACACAACUCCGUUCCGAAGGGGAAGCUUACCCUUGCGCGCUCCGACCUCGACGAGUUCCGCAAGUACCUCUUCCUCGUGUACUUCCGCCGACAGGUGCUCGGCCUGUACUACUACGACAAGGACCGGCCAGAGGAUACCCCGAUGGACAAAAUCGACGCCAUCGGCGCCGCAUGGAUGGGCGAACAGUUCAUGGACUCCCUCCUCGACAACUUUGGCAUUGACUGCGAGUUCGCCAUCGACUACUUCCCCGCCAUCAACUUCGAGCUGCGGAACCAGGCGUACUUCGUCGGGUUCUGGGAGGCGGCGGAGACGGACGAGUUCGUGCUGACGCCGGGGCGUUCGGGUACUGGGAGGGCUGCUUGUCGACGCAUCCGGAGUUCCAUCUGCAUCGGGUGGGUGGGAUUUGGCCGAUACCGGGAGCGCGCGUGCAGUACGCUGCUUGGCCUGCCGGUGUCGCCGCCGGAUAUCGACUUUGCGAAGGCGGGGCACGAUGUGGUGGUUGACGGCGAGGUGGCGUUCACGUUCCGUACCAUGGACGAUUACAACCCGGCCAUCCGCCGCAAACGCGACCGGUUCACGAUGAAGAUCCACAAGCUCACGCCGGAGCAGACGUUCGCGGUUAAUGCCGCCACGCUCCGGAGCACGCGCCCGGAUGGGGCGCUGAGCUUCACGUCGAGGAGUAUGGUCAGUAGCGCAGUCGACAGAAUCCUAGAGGUGGCCGUUCUCGUCCGAUUCCUCGACCUGAUCGUCAAGAGUCCCCAGCUAGUCGCCGCCUUCCGCAUCCGCUGCGCCUCCCUCUUCCGCUGGAUGCACCUCUGCCCCCACCCAACACGAAACCCCAAAGACUGCCUCGACUACCCCUACGACGCCGACUGGCCACCCGUGCACCGUGACAUCCGCAAGUAAUUCAACAACCUGUGGAAGGCCAUGCUCCGCGGCGAGAUCACCUUCCCCAACCGGUACGAG